AACUAGUUUACUAGUUACUAGCCGGUCCUAAGCCCGGGUAAAGAGGGAAGGUUGGGCAUAGGGCUAGCAACCCUACCCCGUAAAACAAAUCUAACCGCUAAAGAAACUUCAAAGCACAAACAAAAUAUAAAAAAUGAAAACAAACUUAUUCCCCGCUGGAAUCGGAGAGGCGAAAUGACGCCAGUUGGUGAAAGCCUUCGGGAAGCCAAUUGGCCGAUGUGUCUUCUCUCGAUGAAAGCGAAAGUAAACGUGGGGACAUGGAAUGUCCGCACGAUGUUUGAACCCAGUAAGGCAGCCCAGAUUGCAAAGGAGAUGAGAAGGUAUAACAUCGAAGUGCUUGGGAUUUGCGAAAGCAGAUGGAAUGGGAGUGGACUCUCCAAACUGUCAACUGGAGAAUCAAUAAUCUACUCCGGUCACCCAGACGCCAACCACGAGCACACUGAGUUAUGGAGUGGCUAUCAUGAUGUCCUCAAGAGCAUCGAAGGCUCUCAUGCAGUGGGAACCAAUCUCCUCCAGCAUCAGGAUCAUGACAGCAAGAUUCAACUCAAAAGGAAGAAAGGUCACAAUCAUACAAUGUUAUGCACCUACAAAUAAUGCAGAGCAAGAGAAAAAGGAGGAUUUCUACAGACAACUUCAAUCAACACUGGACAAGACGUCAGUUGGCGAUAUCAAAAUUCUAAUGGGCGACAUGAAUGCCAAACUGGGAGGGGACAACACGGGAAGAGAACUAACCAUGGGUCGAGAGGCGCUAGGUGAAAUGAAUGAGAAUGGAGAAUUGUUUGCAGAAUUCUGUGCAUUCAACGAUUUGGUGAUUGGAGGCAGUGUGUUCAGGCACAAAGAUAUCCACAAAGCGACAUGGAUUUCACCAGAUGGACACACUAAAAAUCAAAUCGACUUUAUCUCAAUCUCAAGAAAAUGGAGACGCAGUCUACUUAACACAAGGUCAAGAAGAGGAGCAGAUGUAGGUUCAGACCACUAUCUAGUGCAAGGAACCUUCCAAAUCAAGUUAAAAGCCUUCAAGGAAGCUGGUGAUAGACCUCAAUUCAAGUACAACACUCGGAAACUGAAGGAUGAAACUACAAAGGAGAUCUUCAAGGCAGCCAUCAAGACAAAAUGGGAGACAUCGAGCAACAUCCCUGAAGAAACCUGUGUGGAAGAACACUGGAAGUCUUUGAAAGCUAUGUGGAAAGAAACCUGCACAGCAGUAUUAGGAAGGAAGAAGAAAGAAGACAAGGAAUGGAUCUCGACGGAUACCUGGAAGCUGAUAGAGGAGAGGAGGAUGGUGAAGCAGAAGAUAAACCAGUGCAAGGAUGCUCAACGACAAGAGGAACUGAGCACAAUGUAUAAAACACUGGACAAAGAAGUGAAGAAGAGUGCACGCAAAGACAAAAGACACUUCUACGAAACACUGGCAAGUGAAGCAGAACAGGCUGCAGGUAAGAGAGACCUGACGACAUUGUAUCAAAUAACCAGGUUGCUAUCAGGGAAGAGACCAACACAGAUGAAACCAAUAAAAGAUGAAGAAGGAAAUUUAAUUACAAAAGAAGAGAAACAGAGGAAACGAUGGGCCGACCACUUCAAGAAGCUCUUGAAUCGACCACCACCUGCACUUCGUCCAGAAAUACCACCUGCAACCCAGCCGCGAACUACAAGUGAACAUUAAUC